GCCCAGGGCUGAAGCGCUCCAGCAGCCUCUCUCAGAAGACCAGCCAUGUCCAGCCCAGGGCUCCCGCUUCUGCUCUUGCUGCUGGCGGCCCCACCACUGCAGCCCUCCUGGCUGCCACCGCCAGACACCCCGGAGGGCAAGACCACCAUCACGGGCUUCAUCCUCUCCGCGCUGGACAGAGCCACAUCCUUCCUGAAGAAGAGGCUGCCCGAAAUCAACCUGGAUGGCGUGGUGGGGUUCCGGAUGCUGGAAGUGCAGCUCAGAGGCGUUCAGGAGAAGUGGGCACGGGACUCCCAGCUGCAGCCACUCAGCCUGCGUGUGGGCAAGCUGGUGGAGAAGUUGGCUCCUCUCCUCCACAAUUCCAUCUUCUACCUCAACCUGAGUGACCCCGAAUACCUGAGACAGUUCCAGCUGACCAUCGAACCUGGGUUUUGGAAGCUUCCACGUGCCUGGACCCGCACCGAGGCCUCCAUGGUCUACCCCACUUUUGAGCAGGAGGACUCCUUCUCAGAGGAGCUCAGUGACUUGUGCCUGGUGCAGCUGCUGGGAACUGGGACAAACAGCAGCCAGCCCUGCCGGCUCUCCAAUUUCUGCAGGAGCCUCAUGACCAGGCCCGGCUGCUCUGGCUACUGCCUGUCCCACCAGCUACUCUUCUUCCUCUCAGCCAGAAUGAGGGGGUGCACCAAAGGGCUGUUCCGCCAGAACCAGCACUACAUGAACGUCUUCUGUGCCAACAUGAUGGACCUGAACCAGAGAGCCGAUGCCAUCGGAUAUGCCUACCCGACCCGGGAUAUCUUCAUGGAAAACAUCGUGUUCUGUGGGAUGAGUGGCUUCUCCGACUUCUACAAGCUCCGGUGGCUGCAGGCCAUUCUCAGCUGGCAGAAGCCGCAGGAAGGAUGCUUUGGGGAGCCAGCUGCUGAAGAUGAAGAAUUACCUAAAGCCAUUCAGUACCAACAGCAUUUUUUGAGAAGAGUGAAGAGGCGAGAGAAACAGUUUGCAGACGGCUGCUCCUCCCACAACACAGCCAUGGCUGUUGCAGCCCUGGGUGGCUUCCUCUACAUCCUGGCGGAAUACCCCCCAGCAGAGGGAAAGCUGUGGCCACCCACAAUGACACCACCCAGUGGCCACUGACACAGUUCCAUGACUUCCACCACCAGGAAGAUGAAGCCCACAUCUUUAGUCCAUAGUAUUCUUAAGUCCUGGGGUGAAGGUCACAUCCUGAGGCAGAAGCAGCUGAAACAAAGAACCCAGGGUCAUCGCUGUCCCCCUCACCCCCGGGGAUCUGGGCCGGGGAGGUGGGGCCGGGAUGGACCCAGGUGUGGGAGCAGAUGAAUAAAUGUAGAGUGCAGCUGAGUGGCGCGUUGGGUCUUGGUUCUCAGCCUUUCAGACUUCUAGGGCUCCGAUUCGGACACAACUGAAGUGACUAGCACACACGCACAUUACACUUAUAACAACUUGGCAAUGGAAUGACAAACACCUAAGUGGAGAGAAAAGUAAAAGUCAGAAACUUGCCAAAGACUGCCUGCCACCUGCAACUCCUGGUUGAUUGAGAACAGAGGAUUUCCGGGAAGUUGACAGCAGACCAACUUGUUUGCUGAUGAGUUUUGGCACCUGAACACUUGUGCUGGUUCCUGUGUGGCUUGUGCAUUACAGAGGCACCAAAAGGCCACCUUAAGCCAGGACGCUGCCUUUGGCUAGCUAUAUAGGACAUUAUGUGACCUGUGGAUUAGUUAAUAGAAUUCUAUCGGUGUGAACCAUCCUAAUUUUACUUGACC